CUCAGUAGAGACAUUUGACUGUCCCAACUCGAUGCUGCCUUCCCACAUAAAUGAGAUCUUUUCUGCCAGGCAACAUGGUUUUACCCUCACAUUCAAAAAAACCCUUUAUCCCUAAUGUGGAGCAGCUGAUCCUGGGGACCCUGUGCCAGAAUCACUGGGAGAUAGGCGAUGGCCAGGAUACGUUUCCUGUAGAGAAGCUCUGCCAUCUGCAGGAUCGCAAGGUGAACCUUCACAGAGCUGCCUGGGGCGAGUGUAUUGUUGCACCCAAGACUCUCAGCUUCCCUUACUGCCAGGGGACCUGCCUGGCCCUCAACAGUGAGCUCCGUCAUUCCAGCUUUGAGUGCUAUAAGAGGGGAGUACCUACCUGUCCCUGGCUCUUCCAGACCUGCCGUCCCACCAGGGUCAGACUCUUCUCCCUGAUGGUCCAGGAUGACGAACACAAGAUGAGUGUGCACUAUGUGAACACUUCCUUGGUGGAGAAGUGUGGCUGCUCUUGAGAUACCCCAAAGCCUUCUACUGGCCUCAGGGCCAUCUAAGUCUCAGGACUAGUAGGGGGUGGGAUUAGUUUUCAUAGCAACUAGAGCUCUUUCAAGGGAGGUGGGAUUUGGUUUGUUUCUCAAAGCACAGCAAGAAGGAUGGCAUUAUGGCAGUAAC